GCUUGAUAAUCGACCUAACUUGUUAUUCUACUUAUGUAUGAAAUAAAAAAAUCAAUUCACGAUUGCUACAAAUAAACCCACGUGACCAAACCAGCUCAUAAAUCAUCAUCCGAAUUACCAACACAUAUCCUUCUUUGCCUUUCAAUCCGCUGAUCCAAUACCGAACAGAGCCAUACUAUCAUACCUAACUUACUGCCUGCUUGAAGCCACUGAAGAAGGCACGCUAGGUAUACCGGAGUAUCAGAGGGAGCAAGUCGCCAUGUCCACCCCGAGCCCUUCCUACCUAAUAUCAAAAGUCGCCGAUCCCAUCUUUGCGCUGUCCAUCGGCACUUUUGCCGCUCUCGUCCGUAUCCGGCGCGAGGAAGUAGAAAAGCUGUUGAACUCGGCAGCUUUUAAUGGUGACCAUUCUGCUGCUGCGAAGCAGAUCGGAUUUGGGCAUGUUCUUGGUCUUGGUGCAAGGAGGGUACGGAGAUGGUGGGCGGGUGACUUUUCGGGGUUGUAAUUAAAUUCUAGAAGAGUUGAUGAAAUCGGUCGUUGAUUAUUAAAGAUUCUUUACAUGCGCAGAGAUAUACAAAUAGUCAAAACCGUG